GGAAAUCCGCAAAAUCGCCCAUUUCCUCUGUAGUGUUAUAACGCCACACACGGCGCUUCCCAUUCUGCCAACAAGCACCAAUUUUUAUACUCGUCGGACUAUCGUUUUUUUUAAUUUUUUAUUUUUAAAGGACGAAUUUACUAAGAGGAAGGACUUCCUGUUUUUCACUUGUGCGUGAUAUCGCUGUGAAGAUGUGCUCAGCAUGAGAUCUACGGUAAACAGUUGACGACUGCUGAAAGGCAGCGUCCCGACACAAAGCCGAGUCACGAGAAAUCAUGUAUCACCGUUAACCGAGCAGUUUGAGUGAAAACACCGCUGCUGGAACAGUAGACAAUCUUUUAGAGUUCGUUCAACAAUAAUGGCACCCUAGUGAGACCUUGUUUGAUUUUAUUUGUGUCAUCCUUUGGAGCUGGUGUAGGAAGCAAACGUCGUGGCUGUGGACUCCACAAUGGCUUCAUUGAAAGUGGCAGUCCGUGCUCGUCCGUUAAACAACAGGGAAUUAGAGCUCGGAUCCAAAUGCAUAAUUCAAAUGGAGGGACAGAAGACGACGAUAUUCAACACGAAGCUGUAUGGUGAGGUUGGAUUGGAAGGAGACAAGUCAAGAGAUAUCAAGAAGGAAUUUAUCUUUGAUUUCUCUUAUUGGUCGGCUGACUCUAAUGAUUCACAUUUUGUUUCCCAAGACCAGGUUUUCAGUGACCUUGGUCAGGGAGUUUUGGAAUCAGCAUUUGAAGGUUAUAAUGCUUGUUUAUUUGCCUAUGGUCAAACAAGUGCUGGGAAAACUUACACCAUGAUGGGAACAAAUGAAGAAGUUGGACUCAUUCCCAGAAUCUGCAAGGGAUUAUUUGAAUACAUUGGCCAGAACACAUCUCUGAGUUCAUCAUUCAGAACUGAAGUGAGCUAUCUUGAAAUUUAUAAUGAAAAUGCCCGUGACCUGUUGAGGCCGCAGAAGUUGAAGAAGCUUCCUCAGCAGAAUUUAAAAGUGCGUGAACAUCCUAAAGAAGGGCCGUAUGUGGAAGGGUUGACAAAGCAACAUGUUUCUGACUAUGAUUCAAUUGAAGUUCUUAUGGAACAAGGGAACAGGCUAAGAGCAACUGCUUCAACAAAGAUGAACAAUACUAGCAGUCGUUCACAUGCAAUUUUUACAAUCAAAUUUACUCAGGCCAGGUUCAUGGGAGAUAUGCCCAGUGAAACGAUAAGCAAGAUACACUUAGUAGAUCUGGCUGGCAGUGAGCGAGCUAGUUCGAGUGGCGCUGCCGGUGAAAGGCUUAAAGAAGGAGCGAAUAUCAACAAAUCCCUCGUUACAUUGGGGAUUGUUAUUUCCACUCUUGCGGAAAACUCUAUCAAUGCAUCUUCAUCUGGAUUCAAGCGCCCUUCGUUCAGGAAGAAGCUGUUCGUACCUUACCGUGAUUCUGUCCUCACGUUUCUCCUCAAGGACAGUUUGGGCGGAAACUCUAAGACCGUCAUGGUUGCAGCCAUUUCUCCUGCUGAAUGCAACUACGGUGAAACGCUCAGUACUUUGCGGUAUGCGCAUCGAGCAAAGAGCAUCAUCAACAUGCCGACAAUAAACGAGGAUCCGAACGUCAAACUCAUCCGGGAACUUAGAUCUGAAAUCGAGCGUCUCAAAGCCCUAAUACGAACUUCCGGAACGGGCGAUGAGAAAAAGUCCUUAAAUGACCCCAUGAAAGUCAAUCAGAAACUUCAAGAAAAUCAGGCGCGCGUCGAACAGCUGACGAAAGAUUGGACCGAGAAGUGGAAAGAGGCAAAAUCGAUCAUGCAGGAGAGCGAGUUACAGCUUCGGCGUCACGGAUCAUGCGUGGUUCUCGUUGAUCUGGAGCUCCCUCACUUGGUUCGCUUGGAGGAGGAUCCACUCAGAACAGAGAUAAUGCUGUAUCGUGUUAUGCAUGGAAAAACACAUAUUGGACGAGAAGAUGCGCCAAACCCGCAAGAUAUCGUUCUUGAAGGCGAAGAUAUCGACAAAGAACACUGUGUGCUGGAUUUUGUCAAAGGGCGAGUCACGUUUGAGCCGAUUUCUUCAUUGUGUUGGGUAAACGGGGUGGCUGUGUCUCAGCCAACGAAACUAAACCAGGGUGAUGUUAUUGUUCUUGGCAAGAGCGAUGUGUUCAAAUUCAAUUUUCCAACCGAAGCAGCAAAACUGAGGGAAAAACGGCGCUCUGCUCUGUACACCACGGAAUCGACCGAGUCUUUGACUAAUUUACAUACCUCACCUGUCCGUGGUAGUCAUGGAGACCUGAGUGUGAGAUCCGAUUCCUCUUCACCGAUGACUUUGGACUCUGGUGUUGAAAUCGAUCUUCCAGGGCCAGAUUCUUUAGAGGAAAUAAAAAAUCAAGUGACAGAUUUAAUCGCCAGACACAAAGAAGCAGAAGUCAGGCGGCUGGAGAUAGAGAAAACCUUCCAGACUGAAAUCGAUAACAAGCAGAAAGAGAUUGACAACCAAAAAGAGCAUAUUCAGACAUUGCGCGAGAUUCACGAUGGAAAAUCACAUAAAGCGCGCGAGGAUCUGGAAGAAGUUCGACUUAACAUGGACAAGAAGCACGAGGAUUCGAGGAAAGAGAUUGAGAAGCAGCUGGAGGAUCUGUUCGAAAUGAAACUUAAACAGUGUAGAGAAGCCGAAGAAGCCGCGGAAGAAAUAGCAAAGGAGAGGGAAGAGGUGGCUCGUUUUAUGGAGGGAGAAUGGCAGAAGGUUGUUCAAUAUGAAAUUAAAUUGGCUGACAUUGAGCUGCACCGGCGGAAAUUGAUUGCUCAAGCGGAGAUCGAACGAGUCCGUCAAGAGGAACUUCAUGCGUUGGAGAUGGAGAAUGAUUUAAAAGGAUUGGAAGAACAACAAGUCGAGUUGUUAGAGUUACAAGAGAAACUUGAAAUAGCUAAGGCUGAAGCUGAGGGUGAAUUAAAUCGAGAUAAACUGACCUUAGACUCGACUCUUGCUGAAAAUCUAGCCGAACUCGACGAGUUGGAACAAAAAAUCCAGCUAAUAGCAGAAAAACAUGAUCAGUAUAUGACUUUCCUAAGCUCUGUAGACGAUUCAGUGGGCUCGGAGGAAAAUUUUGACGAAAGAACAGUUACCAAGGUUGACUAUAGUGACGAGACACGGAGAAUUUCAGACGCUGGUUUGACAUCUAAAACUGUAGCUUUGGACUUGCGGCAACGCAGACGAGCCAGUUGGAAUUUUCCAUCCAGAAAAUUGUCUGUCUCAGAGGGAGCUAACGACGAUGCAGUGACACAACAACUGCAAAGAUUGUUUGAGCUUAAAAACGAAAAAGAGGAGAUAAUCGAAAAGACACGCAGUGAAUUAACGCGUGAGAUCACAAAUGUCGAGUUCUAUGGACGGCAAAUUCUGGAAAACGAGGCUAAAAUAACUGAACUCGAAGAAAUGUACAAAGCAUCUCGUCAACAACACGCAGAGAAAAUUCGUCUGUGUUUGGAAAGCUUAAAAAUUAAAGAAGAGCAAGACAUUGCUAUGGUAGACCAAGAUCGUGAACGUUAUGUGGAACUUUUGUGUAAGGAAUAUGGCGAGAUUGAAAGUUUAAUUUCAGAGACAUUUGAAUCUUUGAAUUCCAGCGAUACGCUGGAAGGGGAAACAACAAGCGAUGUCAGAAUAAAUGAUGAAAAGAAACUCGAAGUUCUAAAUUUAGUGAAGAAAAGAUUAAGGCAAAUUGGUAGCGACGAAGAUGUCUUAUUCCUUGAAUACGUCGCUAAACGAGCUCACUUUGAGAAAGACGAAGACAGAGUUCACGAGCAGCAAAGAAAGAUCUCAGAGAAGAUGAUGGAUGGUAUUAAAGAGAAAGAAGUCGCUCUGCUGAAACUGUCAGGACAAAAGGAACGGUUCCAUGUGGAAAGAGCCAGAGAAAGGCGACUAAUUACUUCGCGUAUAGGAAGGCUGUCUCGUGUGAAGUCAUCUGGUGAGCUUCAAAAUGAGCGGCGGGAGAAAGAAAAUAUCCAUCUGCAGCUGGAAGAAGCGCGAGCAAAACUACGAACCAGCGAGGAGGACAGAGAGGAAUGCGAAGAGAGACUUAAGGAUCUGGAAGAACAAAAACUUCAAAAAGAGAAAGAAAUAUCUGAUUUGAAGAGACAAAUGGAGGAGGAGAAACAAAGCUAUUUGGAUAAUCUCAAAACUGAAGACUACGAAGUGAUAGAAAAACCUCUUGUAAAUCGGCUUCACAUUAAAUUUCGUAUUCUUGGUAACCACGCUGCGGCAGAGGUCUUAAAAGAGUUGUUUGUUUUAGGCAUCGACAAGGUUCGCACAGCCCCGAUUUCCCAAAAGAGAACAGAAUUUUCAAAAUUGAAAAUGGGAAUAGUAUGUGAAGUGGAGGCAUAG